GUUUCAGCUGUAUAGCGUAAACGUAACCUUUUUAGCAAAAUAUUAAACCAACGUUAUUAGCAAUUAUAAUACUAUAUUCAAAGUAAUAAAACUACAUACACACCAUAUGAAUAUCAUUUUAAGGCCGGGUGUCUUCAACAUCCAUAGAAAUAUGUCCGAAAUGGUAGGAAUCGUUGAAUACACUAUACGUAACAAAUUGCAAUCCUUACUUGACACUAAACAUUUGGAUGUGAUCAAUGAAUCCCAUAUGCAUAAUGUGCCGAAAGGAGCCGAGACGCACUUUAAAGUAGUAGUUGUUUCUGAUAAAUUUGAAGGAUUGCCAUUAAUCAAGAGACAUCGCUUAGUCAAUGACAUUCUGAAAGAUGAACUCCAGAGUGGAGUCCAUGCCUUAUCCAUAAUAGCUAAAACUCCCCAGCAAUGGGAUUGUAGUGACCAAGUCGUUGAAAGUAGUCCUACUUGCAAAGGUGGAUUUGGAAAGUAGUUUCUAUUUAAUAAUAAAUUAUAAUAAAUGUUAUUGUUUUACUUAGAAUAAAUGUUGAUUUUAAUUCUUCUUGUUUUAUUAUGUUGGCU